UGUCAAAUAUUAGGGUUAGGUUAUAGGUUAGGAAAAAAUGUUAAGGGAAGAAUUGCUACAAAAAUAUAAAAAGGAUGUAGACAAUUUACGAAACAGUGCCAAAGACCUAGGUUUAAGCAACAAAGAACUAGAUAUAAUUUUUAAAAAAUGUUUCAGUGACAUAAAAAAGUCAACAAACGGCUCAAAGCAAACCAAAACCAAAGCUCAACAACUGUUCCGUACUGUUAUAAAUAUAUUUUUGUUAUUCACAUUAAUAACGAUUUUUAUUUACAUUUUAUUAAAUGUACAUCAGCCUACUUCUAGUAUUGUUUUACGAAAUGUACAAGGUUUAACAUACCCAACUUUAAAAAUAGUACGAUUUUUAUCUGUUCCAUUUCUCAAAAUGUUCCCAUCUCUAACCGAUUUAUAUGAUGAGACUUGCCUUUUGGAAAAUCCAUACUUUUAUGUAGCAGAUAUGGAAUGUUGGCCUUGUGAAGGUGUUCAUGCAGUUUUAGAUUUAUCUGAAGUUGACCAAAGCUCAUUUAGUUCGGGUUCAGGUACACCAUUUAUUGUAAAGAUAGACCUGCAACCAGUGACUUUUAAGACAUUGCAACAUACGUACAAUGAAAACCAAGAAGUAUUUAAUGUUGAAGCACGAAGAAUUAAGUCGACGAAUACUAGUAUCCACAAUCUAAAAGACUUAUUUCACAGUGAUAUGGCACAUUUGGCAAAUACCACAACACAUACUUCGUGGCGAAUCAACAAAAUGGUGCCAGCACGAUUAAUUCGUAAAUUAUUUCCGAGACCGUCAUUUAUUUCUGAUCGAUGUGGUCAAAGUGUUGAGAGAUUUAUAAUAAUCGAUGGAGCCAAAGCGGAGCCAUAUAUUUUACCUAAUACGGAGUGCAGCUAUAUAUUUGUGAUUCAAGGCUCUGGGGAAAGGACUAUUGUUCUUAGGCCUUCAAUGGAAUGUAGUCAGAACUGCCGAACUGUCUCGGUAAUUUUGAAGCCAUCAUACGUUUUAUGGUACAAUUGGUGGUAUUGGAGACCAAUAAGUCUUCCUACAGAAAAUUCGACUGGACCUUCCGUUAGCUAUAUUAAUUCAUAUUGUUAAUAUUUAUGCCCAAAAUUGCCAUAUUUUAUGUAUUUUUAAUGUAACUUAUACAAUUAAUAAAGUCUGAAUUUUAAUACAA